AUGGACGCGGCUCCGUCCGUGCUCGGCCUCGCGGCACGCGCAGACCACAGCUGGACCAGGCACCUCAACCCCGAUCCCGACACCGACGCCAACGCCCCCAACAGAAAGUCGCGGCAGGUGAAGAGCGGCCACUACGUCAGGGUCGAUCCCACCCCGCUUCGCCAGCCCGAGACGGUGAUUUACUCCCCGGACAUGAUCAAAAGGCUCGGCAUCGACGAGGCGGACGUCAAGGCGCCCAACGGCGAGCGGUUCGCGCGGUUCUUCUCGGGCGACAAGUCCGCCGUACCCGGCAUGGACACCUGGGCGACGCCGUACGCGCUCUCCAUCAUGGGUCAGAGGCAGGUGAGCAACUGCCCCUUCGGCACCGGCAACGGAUACGGCGACGGGCGCGCCGUCUCCGUCGGCGAAGUCCUCGGCCCCGACGGCGUGCGGUGGGAGAUGCAGCUCAAGGGCGGCGGGCCGACGCCGUUUUGCCGCGGCGCCGACGGCCGAGCGGUGCUCCGAUCGUCCAUUCGCGAGUUUUUAGCCUCUGAGGCGAUGCACGCGCUGGGGGUGGACACGACGCGGGCGCUGUCGCUGGUGGUGUCCCGGGGCGGCGACGUGGCGCGCAGGCCGUGGUACGACCCUAACGCGGACAAGGACGCGUCCGCGGAGAGCAUCUCGAUGGACGAUCCGAGGCUGGCGAGGUACCCGGAUGACGUCAAACGGCAGAUCAUCCGGCAGUUCGCGAGCCAGAAGAGGGACCCGGACGUGAUGAUCGUGGAGACGUGCGCCAUCACCACGCGCGUCGCGCCGUCGUUCACCAGAGUUGGGCACGUCGACCUGUUCGGCAGACGGGCGUCCAGAGCGGGCGCUGGGACGGCGCAGAUGGACGAGCUGCGCAAGAUGGUGCGACACGCGAUUUUCCGCGAGUUUCCCGAGAUUCUGAAUGAAUCCUCCGCGGGCGACGACGCCGACGACGGCGACGGGGACGUGACGCCCGAGCAAGUGGCCGCCUUCCUCGUGUCGUCGGGUGCCGCCAUCGCCGACUUGGUGUGCGGGUGGCUCAGGGUUGGUUUCUGCCAGGGUAACUUCAACGCGGACAACUGCCUCGUGGGCGGCAGGACCAUGGAUUACGGACCUUUCGGAUGGAUGGACGCGUACGACCCCUUAUUCGCCAAGUGGACCGGAAGCGGCGAGCACUUCGCGUUCAUGAACCAGCCCGGCGCGGGGCUCGCCAAUUUCGCGGUGCUCGCCGCGUCGUGCGCGCCGCUGCUGAAGGGUGGAGAGGACGAGGCGCAGGCCAUCGUCGAGCGAAUGCAGGGCGAGAUGGAGCAAAAGGUGGCGGACGUGUGGCGUGUAAAGCUCGGUUUGCGGGAGUCGCAGCGCGCCGCCGCCGCCAAGCUCUUCGACUACAAGCUCGAGCCGCUGAUGCGGGACAGUAACGUGGACUACACGUUGGUGUUCAGGCAGCUCGCGGAGUGCCUCAAGCUCCCACACGACGUCUCGGACGACGACCUGCUCGAGCCCCUCGCUUGCGCCUUUUACGACUCGCCAAACAACUUCUACGACGAGGGCACCAGGGCCAAGUGGUGCGACUUUGUGCGCUCCUGGAGGGACGAGGUCGCGGGUUCGAACCCCAACACGACCAGCACGAUCGAGGCGAUGAACAAGGUGAACCCGGCGUACGUGCUGCGCGAGUGGAUGCUCGUCGACGCGUACACGGCGGCGAAGGAAAGAGACGAUUUCUCGGUGCUCGAGGAGCUGUUCGAGCUGACGAGGACCCCGUACGAGCUCGGGAGCGAGACGAUGCAGGAGAAGUACUACAGGCGCGCGCCGGACCGGGCGUUAAAGGCGGGAGGGACCGCGUUCAUGUCCUGAUCCUCGUAGAGGCUGCGCGCGAGACGGACGCGCAGCCGACGACGUGGGAUGGGUGACUUUUUGUGAUGAUUUUUUUCGCGACUGGGCCCCGGGGGGCGGACGGGCGGAGCAGGGGGGAGCACACGGCGCGUCCCGGCGCCGGCGUUCGCGUGACGCGGGGCGGCCAAAUGUCGAGUCAAUCGACGGGCCGUUCCGUCGAUAUCCAACGCCGGUGUGUGGGAACGCGCCCCUCCCGAUCGUCCUGCACCCAGCCGGGCCAAAUGAUGAUAACAUUUUGGAAGCGAUUUAUAAAUGAGCUACAAACUCCG